AUAUUUUAUCGAUCAGUGACCACCACUAUUCAUCCGCAAAAACAACGUCUUGCAAUAAGAAAAUUAACGGAGAUAUUUUUUUUCUAUUGAUAAAAGCUGUAUGUUCUACAUGCCAAUUCGAUAGCGCGCCUGAGAUACGUCCUGCGUCAUUGCAUCGCAUCGAUAAUCCACACUCUGUACACCUGUCUGUCCCACAAUGGACACCCAUUCGCGUUUCACAUCGAGAUUACCAGGUCCUGCCAUCAAUCCGAUCGUCGAGAACUCGGACGAGCCGCAGCCCAGUCUCUCGGAUCUGCACGACUUCGAGCCGAAGCUAGAGUUCGACGACACUGAGCUCCUGAGUCCGGCUCCUCUAGAGAAAGAUGUUAUGGUCGGUGACUUUGUCCUGGCCGAUGAUCCAGAACUUGAACCCGAAGAGGAUGUGAAUCCCCUGGAGGACGACUUUGAAGAUCAACUGAGAGAACAGUCGGAGCAAUUUCAAGCACCCAAAAACAAAUGCGACUUUCUGGGCACCGACAAGCAGGGUCGCCACGUCUUCGGCAUUUACGCAUCGCGGUUCCCCGAGAAGUCGCAGCUGGAGGGUUUCGUGCGUCAAAUCAUCAAAGAGAUCGAACCAUUCGUGGAGAACGACUACAUACUCGUUUAUUUUCACCAAGGCCUUAAGGAGGACAACAAACCGUCGGCGCAGUUCCUGUGGAACUCGUACAAGGAGCUGGAUCGAAACUUUCGUAAAAACCUAAAGACUCUGUAUGUGGUGCAUCCGACGUGGUUCAUUCGGGUCAUCUGGAACUUCUUCAGCCCCUUCAUCAGCGACAAGUUCCGCAAGAAGCUAGUGUACAUCUCCAGCCUGGAUGAGCUGCGCCAGGCUCUGGGCCUGAACAAGCUGAAGCUGCCCGAUAACAUUUGCGACUUUGACGACAAGCUGAACCCCAGCCGCAAGUCAGCCGCAGCCGCACCAGCAUCUCACCUAACAAACAGCAUAAAUGCAUCCAGGCAGCAGCAGCACAAAAUGGCGCCGACGAUGCAAUUUGGGGUGCCCCUGAAGCAUAUUGUUGUAAACAGUCCCUGCCUCAACUCCAUACCCCCGAUAGUGCGCAAGUGUGUGGACUCUUUGUCGAUUACGGGCGUGAUUGACACGGAGGGGAUCUUCAGGCGGUCGGGUAACCAUGCCGAGAUCAUGGCCCUCAAGGAGCGCGUCAAUCGCGGCGAGGACGUGGACCUGAAGAGUGUGAAUGUCCAUGUGAUUGCAGGCCUGCUGAAGAGUUUCCUGCGCGAUCUCUCAGAGCCGCUGCUCACAUUCGAACUGUACGAGGAUGUGACCAAGUUCCUGGAAUGGCCCAAGGAGGAGCGCUCCCGAAAUGUCACCCAACUGAUACGCGAAAAACUGCCCGAAGAGAACUAUGAGCUUUUCAAGUACAUUGUCGAGUUCCUGGUGCGCGUGAUGGACUGCGAGGAUCUCAACAAGAUGACCUCGUCCAAUCUGGCCAUCGUGUUCGGCCCCAACUUCUUGUGGUCCCGCAGCACUAGCACCUCCCUGGAGGAAAUCGCACCCAUCAAUGCAUUUGUCGACUUUGUCCUACAGAAUCACAAAGACAUCUAUUUGAUCGAUGUCAAUCAGCACGCCCUGUGAGCCUGUGUCCCGGCGAACCCCCAACAAACAAGUCCGUAAUUUGUAAAUUGUUUGAUUUUAAUGUUAGUUCUAAACAAAACCACAGCCCCCAGCCGGCAGAGUCCGCUUAGCACAAGGGCAAACCUAAUACGGUGUAUAAAGAAAGAGUGUAUCUAAAUCCUAAGUUGAGUUUUUAAACUGUGUGUAAAUGUGUGAAUACUGCUUAUAGCUACCCCAACUCCACCACACCCCCAAUUAUAAUAAUUUAAAAACUCUCACUAAAUGCUUAGUACGUUGAUUUACCAAAGAAAUUUUGCAAGAGAGAAAUUUGAGAUGUUAUGUAUACAAUAAACACGCACAUUCCCAUGGCCCAAAAAAACCAAAACGAAAACGAAAACUGGCUGCUGCUGAUGGUCGCUGAAUGCUAUGUGCACCAAUGUACGUGGAGUUGUGGCAAACUCAAAGUACGUAAUACGUGUAGUUUUUUGAAUUUCCUUAUAGUCAUACAUACAAAUUUUAUAUAAUAACGUAUUGUUAAAAACUAAGAAUAAAGUCAAAUGUUAAAACCCUA